AUGCUACGAGGCUCGCGAAUAGCUUCCCGUUGCGUCACUGGACCCUUGCCAGGGUCCUCAGCUGUGUCUUUGCCUAUAAAAGGUGUCUACAUACGAACGUAUAAGACAUCAUUGAAUGUGAAAAAUUCAAAAGCUUCCAAGGAAGCCACUAAACAAUCCUCAGGAGAACCUUCCAAGAAAGACAUUAAGCAACCCGCAGGAAAAGCUUCCAGGGAAUCUGUUCAGAAAAAUUCGACGGAAACGGUUAAGAAACAUUCGCAAGAGUCUCCCAAUGAAGCUGGAGAGAGUGCAGGGACAAGGAAGAAAGGAUUUGGACGAUUUGCAAAGGUCGUGUUGGCAGUUACUGUGUUAAGUACUACUGCUUAUGGAGGAGCAGUGUACUACUCCCUGCGCGACGAUAAAUUUCGCAGACAUUUUACAAGCAGUAUACCUGGGGCGGAUCGUGCUGUCGGUUAUGUAGAAACACUAGACAAAGAAGGAAAUUGGAAUAAAUUAAGUAAUGACGUGGUACGGUAUAGUAGAGAAAAGUAUAAUGACUUUGUUAGCAAGAUUACCGGUCAGAGUUCUCCUGUUAUAAAGAAGGAUACAAACGAAGAUCGGAUGCCAGCACCUCAAACGGUCCAGAAAGUUUCAGCUACGGAACCUAUUAUUGAGCAUUUAUCUAGAAUUAUCAACGAACUUGCUGAUAUAUUAAGUAAUGAGGGGCUCAGUGAAGCAGGGAGCCAAAUUAUAUCUAAAGCAAGAGAAGAAUUGAACACACUCGAUGAGGACAUUAAGCGGAUCAAAAACGAUGGACAAACUUUGCUAAAGAGACAGUUGAACGAUCAAACUGAAAAGUUCAAUAAAUUAUUAGAAUCCAAUGAGAAAGCAAUGAGUGAUUAUAUCCAGGAUAUGGAAAUUCGUAUAAAGGAUCAGUAUGAAAAGGAAAAAAUUCAAAUACAAUCAGAGGCUCAGAAGGUUUUGACGACAGAAUUGUCUCAGCAAGCAGUUAAACAUAUGGAACGGCUUAAAGAUGAACUUGUGAGGCAAGCAGCUGAAUUACAACGUCGAUGGAUUCGUAGUGUUAGAGCUCAAGUUGAGAAGGAACGGGGGGGACGCUUAGCACGUCUUGAUUAUAUUACCCUUCGAUUGAAAACCCUCGAGAGGUUAGCAAUGGAUAAUGUAGAACACCUGGACCACAGCCUUAAGGGCCAUAAGUUAUGGGUUGCAGUUUAUGCUCUUCAGCAGACAGUUAUGCAACCUCGUCGUACUCCAUUUAUUAAUGAGUUAUAUACUCUAAAGAAGGUCGCUGGAGACGACGAACUAAUAAAUGUCGUUGUCGGAUCUAUUGACGAGACUGCUGCUCUUCAUGGGAUAUGUUCUCUAUCUGAUCUCAGAAAUAGAUUCAAAGUUGUACGGGAAGAAAUUAGGCGUGCAUCCCUUGUUCCUGAGAAUGGAGGGGUGUUUGCUCACGCAUUGUCCCUUCUGCUAAGUAAGUUUAUGUUUCGUAAAAACGGUCUUGUACCUGGAAAUGAUGUAGAGGCAAUACUUGGGCGUGUAGGCUAUUAUCUUGGAGAAGGUGAUUUAGAUAGCGCGGCGAGGGAGUUGAAUCAGUUGACAGGAUGGUCGAAAGUUCUAGCGAAUGACUGGAUCGCAGCAGCAAGGAGUCAUCUUGAAGUUAAGCAGGCGCUUCAGAAUCCGAUCGUCAUUAACGACGAUAACAUUGAAGGGGUUAAAGUGCAGCGGGACGCAAACGGAGACGUAAAGAUGGAAGAGAUGUCCAACAGCUCUGACAGUGAAUAUACGAAGUACUGGAUUGAUUGGUUUCUCUCCGCAAAGGGAAACGAGUAUUUUUGUGAAGUGGAUGACGAAUACAUACUUGAUCGAUUCAAUCUGACUGGAUUAAAUACAGAAGUUCAGCACUAUGUUCAGGCUCUUGAUAUGAUAACUGAUUCUCUGGAAGAGGAAUUGGAUGAUGAAAUGCGUGAACUAGUAGAAAAAUCAGCACGCCAUUUGUACGGUCUUAUACAUGCACGCUUCAUAAUUACUGGUCGUGGCUUAUCGAAAAUGUUGGAUAAAUACAAAAAGGCCGAAUUUGGUCGCUGUCCUCGAGUUCUGUGCCAAGUUCAACCUCUACUUCCCGUCGGCCUAUCCGAUCAACCGUAUGCGAAUCCAGUGAAGUUGUAUUGUCCGCGAUGCGAGGACAUUUAUAAUCCAAAAUCGACACGGCACACGAGUAUUGACGGAGCCUACUACGGAUCUACUUUUCCGCAUAUGCUUUUUCAAGCAUAUCCGCACCUAUUGCCUCCGAAAAAUAACGAGCGAUACGUGCCAAAGAUAUUUGGGUUUUCGAUCCAUAAUAUUGCUAGGCAACAUCGGUGGCAGGACCAUGACACUGGAAGUCAUGAUUGGAGGUUAUCAGAAACAUUCUUACAAAGAUGUGGAAGGGAAGUAUGGGGUGAUAAAUAG